GCUGUCUCCUGGUCGUGCAGGGCAGACAGGCCCGGUUCACAUGGAGCCGGCUCCUCUUGUGUCCUUUGUUGUCGCUCUGGGAGUCUUUCCCACUGGAGCGUGGUCGGUACAGUUUCGCGCCGCGAGCUGCCACGGAAAACAGCAAAACGUCUGUUUUUCUGUUUCGUCUUAAUUUUUCCUCUGAUUUCACUCAUUCUGCAGUCCACCCUCCUUUUUAUCUGCCUCAUUCACAGCUCCUUUGGUCCCUUUUGCCUUCUUAAUCUGCUUUUUCCCCCCUUUAUCUACAUUUCUCUGAGCCAGUCUCUCCCUCCACUGUCUCCUUGGCCUCACCAUCCCUCUCUGUCUGUUCGAAUUCAUCAGCUAUCUGGAUGUGUGUGUGUGUGUGUGUGUGUGGGAGUGUGGUUAGUAUUCAUAAAUAGACCUCUGUAGAGCUUUUAUUGCUAAGCAUCACUGGGAGCAGAGAGUCUGCUUGACUAGAAAGGCUCGUAUUGAAGCCUUGAGAGUUUUGCAGAGGAGCAUAUGCCAGAUAGUUGCAGAUUUUUAGGCAUUGUGUCCUGGUUGCAGUGCUGUCUGCAGCCUUGCCAAGAGGCUGGAGGGAGAGUGUGUGACGUGUCGAUGGCGCACAAGCUUUUCUUCAGUUAUUUAUUUUCUCCGAUUCUGGCUUGUACCAGAUGAGGCUAUUUGAGGCACAAGUUGUGUGUGUGUUUGGAGUGCUAAUGAUUCACAGUCGUGCUCAUUCUGUUGGUCAUCUGGAGGGUUUGAAUGCUGACAGCACACUCUUCGGGUUUGUUUUUACUCACUCUUCCAUCCCUCCUACUCAUCGCCUCUCGUUGCCACUUUCAUUCAUGCACCUAACCUCCCCUCUCCUCCUCCUCCUCCACCUGACUCAAUCCAGUCUUCACAACAAACAUGAUCCCACCUGGCACUUUCCCUGUGGCUUCUAGCGGCAGCUUCGACCUUGUUCCUAUUCGACCAGCAACGCCAGUCAGACCCUGAGCAGGCAGGUAAACGGGCAGGGAUUAUUGUUCUGUGACCCGCUUUCGCCUUCAGCCAAUAACAGGUAUUUUAAGUCCGCCCAGGUGAGUCAGCAGAGGGAAUCAGAAUAUGAAAAAAGGGUAUUAGUGGGAAAUGUCAGCCGUGUGACGGCAGAUGCCCGAGCGCUGUGCCAGAUUCGUUUAUUUCUCCCUUCCACAGCUCUUCCCCACACCAGCAGAUUAUUACUUUCACCCACCUACGGCAGCCUGUCCAAUCCCCUCUGGCAGGACUCACGGCCUUGGUAGCAAGCGAAAGCUGAUUUACACGUCGGACCACAUCCCCGACUAUCAAAUCAGGACCGGGCAGCUCACAUUUCCGAGGAAUUUAUGGAAAUAUAUGAGCAGCAUGUUUACAAAUUUCACAUCAUUGCUUAGUCACUAGACAAGCAGAGGCCGCAAAAGUCCAUAGAGUGCACCGAGGAGAGAAACAAGCACAGACAUCAGAGUUCAGCUGUUCAAUUAUGACCCAGAAUAACCAAGACGAGCACAUGCUCAGUGAAGACGAGCGCUGCUCUCACCAUCUGUCUCUCACUCAUGUUUGUUUCAAGACAAGAGGGAAGUGGGAGGCAUGAAAGUGCUCUGUUGUUGCAGGUAUUUCUUUCCUCCCAGAAAUGAGCUCUCAGGAAUGACCGGAUGUGAAAGGCUGUGCCUCAUUGUGCUGCAGGCAUGUGUGCUUUAGUGUGCGAUUGGAUUUUGUUUGUAGGGCAGCUGUUGAACCUCCAGUAUCUCAUCAAGUGAGAUGUUUACUUCUCUUCUGACAUCUUAUUGUUCAAAAGGAAGCUGAAGAACUGAUCAGUGGAAUGAUAUGGUUUUCCUCGUCCUCGUGACCUCUGUGGACGAGUUGACGUGAUUGGUUCAGUUUGUCUGCUUGUUAGCGGGAUUGCUCAGGUUUUAACGGAGGUGAGUUUAGGCUAAAGUUGGACGUGAUUGACUUUUGAUGCUGAUCCACGUCUGUAUCUGUAUCCUGGAAUGUUUUUAGAGGAUUUGUUGCUAUUUCAGUUCACAUCUUUGCUAAUAUGUAUAAAAUGUAAACAAAAAAAGGCUUGAGUGACAUUAUCUUGAUAUUCUAAAAACCAAAUCCAGAUCUAGAUAUCAAUCUGUGUCCAAGACACAGUAGCACAUGUUACAACAACAGCCUUCACGCUUGUAGCCUCUCCAAGUGUUGGAUGAGAUUGAGUGCGACUGGAAGCAGAAGGUCAGGACGGAUGCUGUGUUGACAUGGUAACGUGUGAAUGAUGUGGUGGGAUAGGGGCUAAAUUGGUUCUUUGUCAGGGGGUCGCAGCUGUCACCUGAAGGGAGGUUCCCUCUAUGGGUCCCAGCAGGGCUUCUCUUAAUGAGGAGCACAGAGACGCAGAUGCCGCCCGCAAUGCCGCGUUUUGCGGGUGGACUGUGUACGUGCGUUUACGCUCAAAGUAUCGCUGAACGUCCUGCUGGCACAGAGUGUUGAAGCAGGAUCUAAACAACCAUACUGGCGUUUGCUGAGUGAUACAAAAAAAAACUGCAUUCCCCCGUGAAUUGCUGGGAGUAGUGGGAUUAUUGGAUCUCGCCAGACACGCCCCGGGCAUGUGUGCGUCUGUCUGUGUAUGCGUGUUUGUGUGUGUGUUAGCAUGUGUGCUCCCUGAACCUGAUCCCCCUGCACCACCAGCUGUUGUAUGCACUCGGAUAUGAAGCGUUACAAUAACCAAUUGCAGUGAGCUCUUUAUCCGGCAGUGCUGCUCUGCUCUUUUAAGGUUGUAUCUAUAUACUAUGCAUGUACAUGUCAUGAUCUGUUAGGCUUUAGGUCACCUUUAGACAGGCAAGAAAUGAAAGGAAUUAUGUGGAGGAUAAAUUGAGGGGGAGGGCCGAAUGGGGUCUGUGUUUGGACAAGCAUGUCUCUAGAGCCCUGUAGAGGGAUUAAAGGAUCAGCCUCUGAUAAUUUCUCCCUCUCUUCCUCCCUUUCUUUCUUUAUUUUACUUAUUCUGCUAAAUAAGUGGGUUGUGUACUUCUGCGAAGCAGCACCGAGUUCGUGCAAACACUCCGUCGGUUUGUCCUUUUACUCAGUCACGAUCUCUUUCGGAAAGUCCUGUAAAUAAAUGCCUGUGGAAAUGAAACCCGCAGCACAGACAUUAUUCAUGGGAUUCUACGCCCAUAGAGAUCUUCCAUUAGAGAUUAAUGGAAAAGAGCAAGAGGUCCAUUUCCUGUUCUUGGUGCUGGAUUUGUAGAAUAAAGGCACUAAAGAUUCUUGUUGUUUGGAAAGAGAUUUGGUUCAAAACAAAAAAGUAUGUGCAUGUUUCUGUCCAGUCAGCCAUAUCCACCCACAGCAAGCCCACGUCAGAAGCCCAGCUCUGAGAGCCAUUUGUGAGGUGGAAUUACAGCAUGGGCCUUUGCUCGUACAGCUCGUUUGUCUCUGCUUUGGAAGGGACGGAUUUAUUGGAUACCUGAGAGAGCAUUCUCUCCUUCCCCUGCACUCUCAGCAGCCUGCUUAGAGACAGGCCUGCAUUAUAGAUGAGCUCCUGGCAGCCGCCCCACACUCACACCACUCAUGUUACCCGUCCAGUAGAUACACGGAUACAAUACAUGCUUUUGGUGAACACUUGCAAAAAGCAUUGAACAGAAGCUUGGAAUAAAAAUGGGAUUAAAACUAAGUUUGAAAUCGGGACUCAGGCGGUCUGUUGCAGCUUUGUCUGCAGAGAACUUAUCUGCAGCCGAGUAAUCAGGGCUUGUUUGUACUUUGACCCGUGCCAAGUGGAGGAGCUCUACGACCGUGCUGCAGAGAGCAACAUAAACCACGCUGGCUUCAGUUGGACUAUAUGACUGUCCUCCUUCCACGUAACACAGAGCCAGGGCACUGCUCUGCCUCUCUGUCUCCUCCCUCCUGGACUUUGAUCUUUUGUGACCGUGCGCACUGUGCAGCUUCUCACUAUGUCCCUUUCUCUCUCUCUCUGUCUCCCACACUCUACAGCUUGCUCAGGCAUGAUUGGAUUUUUGUCCUUGUGGAUUUAAAAGAGAAAAAGCUCAAGUGUCAUUUACACAGUGAUUGAUUCACUUUUUUUCCCCUUUUGGGUAGAUGAACACAGUCAGACUGUGGAUAAAAGGCCAUCUGUUUGUCUGAAAACACAGCGUGCGGCACACUUGCAACAAAUUAAAGCCUCGGCCUGGAGGAUUUGACCGGUUUUGACUUUGGCAACUCCUGGUGGCAGUGUUGGAAAAAUGCACUGUGCGUACAGAACACCUCUAGUCCAGGUACACUGACCUGCUAUAUAUGAGCGGCUACAAACCCAAUUACUACAUCAUGAAUGUAGGUACACUUACAGGAAAAAGGGCUUCAGCACAGCUGAUUUUCAGCAUUUAGACAAACCAGUGUGUUAGGACACGUCCCACUCAUCGUCACUGGGCAGCCCAUACACAUGCACGACACCAUGGGCAGCUCCCCUGAGGUGCUCUCUUGGACUUCCUGUCCAAGUCUACUGGUGGGCAAGCUGAAGGAGGAGCUCAAACUCACUGUGGUUGGGGACAGCAUGAAGAAAUCCAGCUCGCCUAACUCCCAACCGCAGCCUCCUCAGGCCCCUCUAUCCAACUUACCUCCUCAGAUCAUCACAGACCUCGCUCCGCCGACACACCUGCCCGUACCCCUGCUGCAGACGCCUGGCCAGGAUGAGGAGUCCAUGUUGGGUACUAGUCCACCAAACGCAGCCCUGAGCGUGGACUCAACUCGGAGCGAAGGCGGACACUUUGACAACAGCGUGCUCCAGCUGCAGGAGCAGGACCACGAGGAAGCUGGGUCGCCGGCAUCCCAUGAGCACGUUGGAUGUGGCAGCGGCAUGGACGAGCAUAUGGGAGAGGGGGACUGUCCAAUGGACCACAAUGGAGAGGGCAAGCCGAACCUCCCGCAUCACCCUGAUGACAUCAAGCUGCACUUCCAAAGAGCCCCUCCUGGGUCGGGAGGCUUCUUAGAGGGGCUCUUUGGCUGCCUGCGGCCUGUGUGGAACAUUAUUGGGAAGACCUACUCUACUGAAUACAAGCUACAACAGCAAGACAUGUGGGAGGUUCCUUUCGAGGAGAUUUCAGAGCUGCAGUGGCUCGGCAGCGGAGCACAGGGUGCCGUCUUCCUGGGCAAGUUUCGCUCCGAGGAAGUGGCUAUCAAGAAGGUGCGAGAACAGAAGGAGACGGACAUUAAACACCUGCGAAAGCUCAAGCAUCCCAAUAUCAUCAGCUUCAAGGGUGUGUGCACCCAGGCACCUUGUUACUGCAUUAUCAUGGAGUACUGUGCCCAGGGUCAGCUGUAUGAGGUGCUGAGAGCGGGGAGGAAAGUGACCCCAAGGCUGCUGGUGGACUGGGCCACAGGCAUUGCCAGCGGCAUGAACUACCUACACCUGCACAAGAUCAUCCACAGAGACCUCAAGUCUCCUAAUGUUUUGGUGACCCACAACGACACUGUGAAAAUCUCAGACUUUGGCACAUCCAAAGAGCUCAGCGAUAAAAGUACAAAGAUGUCAUUUGCGGGGACGGUGGCCUGGAUGGCCCCAGAAGUGAUAAGAAAUGAGCCUGUGUCUGAAAAAGUAGACAUCUGGUCAUUUGGAGUUGUGUUAUGGGAGCUACUGACUGGAGAGAUUCCCUACAAAGAUGUGGACUCAUCCGCCAUUAUUUGGGGUGUCGGCAGCAACAGUCUCCACCUUCCCGUCCCCUCCACGUGCCCGGACGGGUUUAAAAUCCUCAUGAAACAGACAUGGCAGGGAAAGCCCAGGAAUAGGCCGUCGUUUCGUCAGAUUCUCCUACAUCUCGACAUUGCCUCUGCAGACGUUCUGGGAACUCCUCAGGAGACCUACUUUAAGUCUCAGGCAGAAUGGAGGGAGGAGGUGAAGAAGCAUUUUGAGAAGAUCAAAAGUGAAGGCACCUGCAUCCACAGGCUGGACGAGGAGCUGAUCCGACGCAGGAGGGAUGAACUCAGGCAUGCACUGGACAUCCGGGAGCACUAUGAGAGGAAAUUGGAGAGAGCCAACAACCUCUACAUGGAGCUCAGUGCCAUCAUGCUGCAGCUGGAGGUCCGAGAAAAGGAGCUGAUGAAUUCUGUGCAUCACCGUAGGAGAGAGCAGGCGGUGGAGAAGAAAUAUCCCGGCAGCUACAAGCGCCACUUAGUCCGACCGAUCGUUAGAUCCAACGCUGUGGAGAAGCUCAUCAAGAAGAAAGGAAGCAUUUCCCACAAACCUGGGAUGCCUCCCACCAAAAGGCCAGACCUGCUUCGCUCUGAUGGCAUCCCUAGCGUAGACCCUCUCCCGUCGCCCUCACCGCUGUCUGCUAGCCCGAAGGUCUCCACCCCUCCUGGCAAAGCCCGGUACCGAAGCAAGCCUCGUCACCGCCGCGCCAACAGCAAAGGAAGCCACAGCGAGUUCUCCACUGUGCUGAAACCCAUUGCUGGAGCACCAGAAGAAACCCACUCUCUCCAGGAGCAACCGAUCCACCACCAUCAUCACCACCACCACCCUCCUCAAACGGAGGGGAACUUUCUCCCCUUGAAAGGUCGCGAGCAGGCUGUUGUCAACUGUGCCAACAACCUGCGAUACUUCGGCCCCGCCGCCGCCCUCCGUAGCCCUCAAACUGACCACAUGCAGCGCCGCGUUUCUGGCUCCAGUCCUGACCUCAUUUCCACCGCUGUGGAUGCAGACACACGACAGCGGACUUCAUCCACCGGCUCCAAACCUGCAUCAGGCGCUGGUGCUGGUUCUUUAUGUCCCUGCUGCCAGGCUCACCCCUUCCCCGGCUGUCUACACUGUCAGGAGACCCCUCCCCUAUCAAGCCACCCAGAGCUGCCGCACUACUCGCUGCUCAACACCCAAGAGGGCAACCAGUCUUCUCUGGGGGCGCACAACAAAGACACAGUCUCAGAUGGAGAGACCACAAAGAAGACAGAGACGCAGGAACAGGAUGCAUCCCAGAACGCGCACACACUGCCCUCUGCACUGCCCCGCACUCUCAGGCCGCUCAGGAAGGGUGGUGAUGAGUCAUCCGAAGAAGAAGAGGGAGAGGUGGAUAGUGAAGUGGAGUUUCCAAGGAGACAGAGACCUCAUCGCUGUAUGAGCAGUUUCCAGUCCUAUUCUACUUUCAGCUCAGAGAACCUGUCGGUGUCUGACGGAGAGGAAGGAAACACCAGUGACCACUCGCACAGCGGACCCUUGGAGAGGCUGAGCGCCAGUCAGGAGGAACACCUGGACGAGCUGCUGUCCCACACGCCGGACAUCCCCAUCGACAUCUCCACCCAGUCAGACGGCCUCUCUGACAAGGAGUGUGCCGUCCGCAGGGUGAAGACUCAGAUCUCGUUGGGGAAGCUGUGCUCCGACGAACACAGCUACGAGAAUCCGCUGCAGUUUGGGGACUCGGACUGCGAUUCGUCAGAAGCAGAGUGCUCCGAUGCCACUAUUAGAAACAACAAAGUCGGGGCUCCUUCCUCGUGGUGAACCUGCCUAAAGGGCUCAUCAUCUUUCUUGCCUGGAGGCCAUCAUGUCCCUCUCUGCUCUGCAGAAAAUACAGCAAUAAGAGGACAAACAUUGUAAACAAAGCUCCCUAUAGCAACGUCCUAUGUAAUCUCUCCCAUAUGACCCCCACCCCUCAUCUAGCACAGCAUUCAGGCAACCCAUUGCAGGGAUUCUCUUUUGAAUGAUAAUGUACAAUAGAUAGUUUAACGUUCAUAAUUUAUUUUUGUCUGAGUUCUGAAGGAAAAUUCAGGAGCUAUGAGACAUGAGACUUCUCUGAUCUGAACAGAGAGGAAAUAAACAGACAUUUUGAAUCCAAACAAGGGUUUACUUUGUGAUGGAGAGAGACCAGGACUGGAAGAAGGUGCAGAUGAUGACGAUGAUGAUCAUGAUAAUGAUGAGAAGGGCUUAUCAAUCAGAGGAUGAUGGCUUUCAGUGGGGAGAUGCAUAACUGCAGUAGUUGGUCUCUCAGGUGAGUGACCCAGAAUAAAAGCGGCUUUCAACAUCUCACUGUCGUGGACAGACAUCUCCAAACAACAAGCAAGCGCUCAGCUCAUACUGCAGCCUGACCAACCUGCUUUAUCAUGAGUUUAAAGUAUCAAGUCCCAGUACCCCACCUCCUCCGCUUCCACCCCGCCUCCCCACUGUGACUAAAGUGGGGAGCAUGGAGCUCAUGGAAAACAUUGUGAACACCAGCAUGAACAACCUGCCUCGCAACUGGAUUUUCUCCCUCCCUGAAACCACCGGAUGUGUCUGUUCUUCAGGAUCCCCCCGCCCUCACGUAGCUGUCGAAGCAUGCUUAUGCAGCGCGCGAAAUGAAAACGCUGCCCCAAGACUGCAUGAAGCGGACAGAGCAUCGGAGAUAAAGACGUGGCCGAGAGCUAUAGGGAAAAAAAGAAAAGAGACUCUUCCUCUCUGACUCUGCUCGUCCUUCUCUUAAAGACAUGCCAACGUCAUCGUCAUCAGCAAUCAGAUGUCACAGGCAGAGUUACUGAGGGAGUUAUCUGUGUGUGAGAGUGUGAGUGAAUGUGAGUGUGACAACGCAAAGCCCUUUCCUCUCCAUUAGACAUUACAGUUUCAAGUCUCAUCUCAGGAUCGUUCAAGGACUGUGAAACUGGACUGGACCAAUUAUAUGAAGGAAUGUGUUUUGUUUUUUUUGUUUUUUGAGCGGCACAUAUUAAGGACCAUGCAGGAAUACUCGAAAAGGUCUUACAGAUAGCCUUGAUGUUCAACGUUUUAUUGCUGUAACAGACUUUAAUGGGAUGUGGAGACGAGGCAUCCAGGUGCAGUAUCCCAUUUCUUGAAAUCUUCAGGUUCGGCAUGCUCCACGGAUCAUUUUCUAGCAGGGUGGAUUAUGCCGAUGUCCAAAAUGGUCAUUAUUUGCGAAUUAUAACAGCAAUAACACGAGUGAGAAAGAAGUCGCUUGUUCAGGAUCUUGCAUGUCUAGCUGGCUAGACGCGAGCACAGUGACUGGUAGCUAGCGGAGAGCGCCAGGCGUCAGAGAGCUGCUUAUAGAGGCUAUUUUUUUAAGUCCAGAGUGGGAUUUUAGAAUUUCCUUUAAGGCACUUAAAAUACUUAAAUAAACACUAAUCCAUUCACAUUCAAAGUGUGAAUCUUGUAGGCCAGAUUUAUUUAUUUUUCUUAAAAUACUUCCUUAUGUAGUCCCAAAUAGUUAAAGAGUUUCUUGGUUAAUCCUUUUUCACCAAACACAUGCAAAUACAGGUGCCUUUGAUCACAUGUUUAAUAAUUUAUCAUUUUAACUCUUUUCACCAUCAGCCCAGCUGCAGGGCCCUUUUAGAAGAGCUCUUUAAAUGACCGUAAUUCUGUUUCUGUUUGUGCCAGAGACACAAUUCAAAGGGUUUCAGAAAGAAGGGAUCACGAGCUUCACAGGGAUAUUUGUUGUGUCACGGUACCACAAAGCAUUCACAAGGUACUGAUGGCUGAACACGGACAGUAAAACCAACUAAGCCGAGAUGUUACCAUGUGCACUCCUCAACUGAUUUUGCCUUGAGAGAAAAUUCAAAUGGUUCCUGAAAGAUGAAAAUUAUUUUGUCAUGUGUUGUGAUAAGGGGUUAAGAAGCAUAUAGACCAAACUAAAAAUGUAUUAUUUAAAAAAUCUGAAAAAAUAUAGGCUUAUGGUUAGCUAAUGUCCUCUGUCCUCCUCAGCACACACACCUACUUAAAUCUGGAUGGUUUAUUCAUUUAUGAUUCAAAAUCAAAAUAAAUGCUACACUUCUUCCUAAUAACUUGGAACAUUAGUGCAUGUAGUAAAGUGCAAUCAAAGGUUUGAAAAAGCAAGAGCUCAAAGAGUUCCUUCCCUUUAUCCAAUAAGGAGUGAUUGGGAGGCUGGAGCUUCGCAUUUCACACCUACAGAUAGUUAGGAAUCCCCUGUUAACCAAACCUGAAGCCUGAGUACGCAGAGACAACACAGGGAGAACAUGCAAACUCCACAUGGGGCUCAAAUUUAGAAAAAUCAUAAGUUAAAUGCUAAUUUUAAUAUUUUGUCAAGAAUCUGUUCUGGUUGUUUGUGGGUUUGUAGUUGUGUCUUCAGCGGAUAAAAUGCAUGCAUGGUUGGUUCGAGGUCUUUCCCUGCAGCUUUCAGGCCAUCUCCGAUCUUUAGUGUGGCGCACAGUCUAAUCAGCGUUGCGGCUUUUUUAGCACAUACCACAGGUGGUUUCAGAAUUUUUGUGUAAUGGUGAGAUGUUUCGCACUUUAGAGUUACAUUUUUUUUCCCAAAGACUUCCAAUUCACACAAACAUGCACGGCUGCUUUUUUUGAAAGGCAGUCAGGACUCGACAUUGUUUUAAAGUUUUUAAAAAAAAAAAAGUAUGAGAAAAAGCCUUUAAAUGAAAUGUUCUCUUUAAUGACAAGUUGUGUGACCGUCCGCAGGAAGAUGAGAUGGUGAUGCACUUGGUGUGUUUUAGCAUAUAACAGCCAUACCUGUAAACUCCAUAUACAUGCAUGGAAAAUCUCACGAUUACAGAGCUAACCCUUCUCCUAAAAGCAAUCUUUAAACAUGUGAUCAGAGGGAAUCUUUAUUUUGUGUUUCUGUGAAAGGUGAUAAAAUGACUAACCCUGUGCUGCUAAACGGUAUGAUAAAGAUUCAAAACAAAGCGCUGAUGUUUUUUAUUUUGCGGUUCUUCGUCCAGCAGAAACAGUUUUCUCUGAAUUUUUCUGAAUAUCGUUGUUAAAAUGCCCCGUUUUUGUGGCCAUGUCUUUGCUGCUUGGGAUGGUCAGGUUUUGUGCAAGAGCAAUAUAUGGGCAGCCACUAGAUGGCGACAGUUAGGCUUGUGUUAUGUAAAUAACCUGACUCAUCCCUUUUUCUGACUAACAUCAUUUAAUUCCUGAUGGUUAUCCAGAACAAUAUUACUUUUUACCUCUCUGGUUGUCGCUGAAAAGGGAUACUGCAUCUGUGAGAGAGCUCUCUUUUGUUUUGCUUUUAAUAAGCCCCAUUUCUGUCAUCAUCCUCACUGAUCUGAUCUUCAAGCUGACAAACAGCCAGUUUCAAUUUAACGAUAAUGAUGUCAAGCUGCCGGCUCGAGCGUGUGCAGACGGCUGAGAUUCUGCAUAUAAAGGAACAUAAGCCAGAGACGAGGCCACGGAGCACCGGAGCGACCUCAUCUCAGUGUUACUCCUGUACAUAAACACCUGCAAAUGUCAUGUGACCCAUUAUCGCCUCCCUCCCUCUCUCUCUUUGUCAUUGCACAGCUCUGGCAAAGCCUCGAGCUUGAUGACCAGCGGACUGGUUGAGCAGGAAACUCUUGAAGUCUGUCCCCACAUCAGUAUUGAACACUACGGGAGGGUGUGAGUCAUAAACCCGAGCAGCACAAGGUGAUUAUUAACGCCGAUGGACGGACUGCCUUUUGCUCCACAGCUUCAGAAAGGCUUACACCUUCUGCCUUUCCUCGAACCUCCUCCUUCACUCUUGUUUACGUUCGUGUGAAAUAACCCAGCGUGUUGUAAUGACGGGGAAAUCCGAUCAAGCUGUUAAUAACAUUAUCUUUCUGGCGUAUAUCCUGUGAAGUAUGAUUGUUGUGUAGUUUUAAUUUUGAUCUUCUUUUUUUUUUUCUUUGUAGCUGGCCUACAUGAUUGUUGAAUUUAAUUUAUUUUGGAUGACUGGUGAGGAGGAGUAGUGUUCUUUUUAAUUUCAGGCAGCUUCAGAAAUGUCACGACCUACGACUUCUCUCCUGGAAAGUAUUAUUUAAAGGAAGCACAAUGAAUUGGUCAGGGAAGAGGACAGUAUUUGUGUGUGUGUGGUUGAACAAAAGCAUCGUCACGUUGACCCUGCAGGGGACCAUUCGUCAUUUAGCUUUGAUUUAGCAGACUUUACAUCAGUAAUUAUCUCAUCGUAGGUUGUUAGGAACCACUUUCAAACAUAAGUCAGUCAGUGGGCUGUCUCCGCAGUGUAAAUGAGGCGUGAAGCCUGGAGGGAUGCGCGAUGCUGACCUCGGUACAUCUGCGGGGACCCCCACUUCCUCUCAUUCUUACUGG